AUGUUUCAUCACUGUCCUAUUGAUGUCUUGAAAGCCCACACAGCGAUGGGGUCCGUAUUUCACUGGGUGACAGCUGUUCACAUACUGACUUUUCUACAGAUGCCACAUUUGAUUACAGGUCAGUUUAAAAUCAUCCCUCCUCAGAAUCCUGUCAUUGCUAUCAUUGGAGAAGUGGUUGUCCUGCCUUGCAAUCUGACAACUCAUAUUAACCCUGAGACAAUUACUGUCCAGUGGAUACUUUCUAGACCCUCAGAAAAAAUAGAUGUGAGCACCUAUGAUGGACCAAAUAACGAGGAGAGACAGGAUGAGAGAUACCGGGACAGAACGCUGUUCUUCCCAACUGAAUUUCAAGCAGGAAACGUGUCUCUAAACCUGAAGAAUGUCAUUGUCUCUGACAAAGGGAAAUACACCUGCAGUGUCUCUUUGGGGACCUGGUAUGAUGAGGUGGUGGUUGAACUGGAUGUGACAGCUAGAGGUGGUGAGACUUCCAUUUUCAUGGAGGACUAUGCAGACCAGGGGAUUGGCCUCACCUGCAGGUCGGAGGGAUGGUUCCCUGAGCCCCAGGUGCUCUGGUUAGACAGUAAAGGACAAAACCGACCAGAAAAGCCUACGACCAGCAACACAAAGACAUCUGUUGGAAUCUACAAUAUUGAAAGUGCCAUUAACAUAGAACCUGGCUCAGACAACGAAGUCUCCUGCAAAAUAAUCAAUAACAUACUAAAGACAGCGAGCGAGUCCAGAGUCCUAAUUUCAGAUGUUUUCUUCCCAACCACCUCCCCUUGGAUGGCUGCUUUCCUGGUCAUUUUAUUUCUUAGCAUAGCCCUUAUUGCUGCUGUAGGGUAUAAAUUGAAAAAGAAUAAUGACACAACAUCUCAAUCAGUAACUGAGAAGAAAACAAUGGAAGAAGAAAAAGAACGUCUGCUCUCCACACUAGAGACGAACAAAAGGACAGAUCAAAUAGCAAUUCAAGACAUACAAGAAAAUAUUGAUCGACUCUCAAGAGAGCUGGAAUUCAGAAGAGCUCAGAGCUAUGCAGUUCCCAUCACUCUGGAUCCGGAUUGCAAACACCCAGAACUCAAACUGUCAGAGGAUCAGAAAAGAGUCUGGCAAGAACCUGCAUCUCCUGAGCUGGAUGCAGCCUCCAGGGCCCUGCUCGUGGUGGGGAAGGAGGGGUUUGUGGCUGGGAGGCAGUAUUGGGAGGUGGAGGUGGGGGAGAAAGUGGACUGGGAGCUGGGGGUGCUUAGUCAGUCGGCAAGGGACAGAGUGAAAAGAGAGAAGGCAGAGAAACUCCCUGAGGAGGGAUAUUGGUCUCUGAAGAGAUCCCAGGGAGACUUUUUUUCAAGCAUAAAAAAUGAUAAGAUUGAAAAGAAGGAGAUGCCAUAUAAAGUGAUUGGUGUAUUUCUGGAUCAGGAAGAGGGAAGAAUCUCAUUUUAUAAUGCAGGAGUGAUGUUCCUCAUCACAACUAUCCCUGCAGAGUUUACUAAUAAAAUUUUGUAUUACCCAUUCCUCAGUCCCAGGAACAACACAGGCGAGCAGAAACCACUAGCAAUCUACCCCAUCAGAGUCCCUAUUCCUUUAAAGCCUCUGAGAAAGGAAAAAUGA